GGUAGAGGAAAUAACGACACGUUGGAGAAGGGAUCACAAGAUGGACUUGCCGUGGCUUUGGUAGCUCUUAUUAUUUCCCUCCUGGUGACAUUGGCUCUUGUUGGGUAUAUAAUAUUCAUCAAAAAAGGACUAUUCAAGCACAUACGUAGGAUCCACUAUCACAAAUCUUCCCGUGGCAAAGAUGAUGCAAGUGUUAUGAUAGACGAUGAUGAGUCUGAUUCACGAGUAUAUGUGGAGUCUAAAAUAACACACAGUUAAUGAAAGAUCAACAGCUGAACAUGGAUAUAUUAUAGCUAAUACAGCAUGAGUGACUGCGUGUGAUUGUCGUUGUAGUUAGACGAUAUAUAUAGCGAAAUCG